AUGAGCUCCCCUUUCGUCCAGCAGGCCGCAGCCGAGAGCCAGACUCAGAGCCUCGACGAAAAGACACCAGGCAAGACCACGACGGAGAUCAGCUCUGACAAUGAUGUCGAGAGCGAGAAAGAGGAGGCCCAGAAUGGUGUCAAGAAGAUCCAGGCUAUCACCACGGCUUGGACCUGGAGAGCCCUCAUCUUUACCUACAUCUUGAUCUGGGUGACGUCUUACACCCAUUCAAUGCAACAGCAGAUGAACAGCAACCUCGGGCCCUACGUUACUUCAUCGUUCCGCCGUCACGGCCUAACCGCCACCACCGGUAUCGUCUCAGGCCUGGCUAGCGGUGUCUCGCAGUUGCCCCUCGCCAAGAUCCUCAACAUCUUUGGUCGCAUGGAAGGCUACAUGUUGGCCCAUCUCCUCUGCUGUUUCGGUCUGAUCUUGAUGGCUGUCUGCCGCAACGUGGAGACCUACGCCGCUGCACAGGUCUUUUGGGCUGUUGGAAGUGGUGGUAUUGGCUACAUCCACACUGUCCUCAUCUCCGACACCACGUCUAUCCGGAACCGAAUGAUUAUCUACACGCUCAACUCGACCGCGUACAUUGCCAAUGCAUUCGCCGGACCUAUUGUUGCGCAGCUGUUCAACGACCAUAGCAGCUUCCGAUGGGCGUUUGGCUCUUUUGCUAUCAUCUUCCCUGCCUUUGGUUCCAUGAUUACGAUUAUGUUGUGGUGGAACCUCAGGAAGGCGUACAAGCUAGGCCAAGGACCGGAGUUGAAGCAGAGCGGCCGGUCUCUGAAGGAGUCAUUCUUCUUCUACUGCACAGAAUUUGAUGUCGUCGGCAUGUUCCUCAUCAUGUUCGGCUUCUCCUUAUUCCUGCUGCCGUUCAGCUUGGUCUCAUACACAGCCAAGAAGUGGGCUGCCGGCCACAUCAUUGCCAUGAUUAUCCUUGGAAUCUUCUGUCUCGUUGCCUUUGGUUUCUGGGAGAAGAAGUAUGCAACUACUCCUCUUGUUCCAUGGGUCAACCUCAAAGACCGGACUAUCCUAGGAUCGGCCGCCGUGGCUGGUGUCAUCGGGUUAAGUUUCAGCUCAUGGGAUUCUUUCUUCUCAUCGUACCUCCAGGUCGUGCACCGCCAGAGCAUUAGCCAGGCUGGUUUCAUCGGCAACAUCUACACGAUUGCUUCCUGCACUUGGGGACCCAUCGUAGGACUUCUCAUCCGCCAGACCAACCACUACAAGUGGAUCGCCUGCGCCGCCAUCCCCGUCGCCUGCCUCUCCACCGGCCUCCUCAUCCACUUCCGCACCCCCGACACCUACAUCGGCUACAUCAUCAUGUGCCAGAUCCUCAAGGCCGUAUCCGCCGGCACAAUCAUCAUCUGCGAGCAGCUCGCCGUCAUGUCCGUGGUCAAACACAACGAAGUCAGCGUAAUGCUGGCUCUCAUCGGCCUGGCCACCUCGGUCGGUCGGUCCAUCGGCCGCGCCAUCUCGGGUGCCAUCUGGACGAAUGAGUUCCUCAACUUCUUGAUCAAGUACCUUCCCGAGGACAAUAAGGCUGAUGCUGCUACGAUUUACGGGGACAUUAAGGUUCAGCUUUCGUAUGCUUGGGGAACUCCCGCUCGCGCUGGUAUUGUGCAUGCUUAUGGAGAUGUUCAGCGGCAUAUGGUUAUUUGCGGUGCGGCUUUCAUGCCUUUGGCGCUGGCUUGUGUGUUUUUGUGGAAGAAUGUCAAUGUUGCGAAGGUGCAACAAACCAAGGGCCAAGUCUUCUAG